AUGGAUUCCUACAACGACGUCCUGAGCAUCGUAGUGGACUUGGGCUUCGAAAACACCAAAAUCGGCUACGCGGGGGACGAAAACCCAACGAACAUAUUUAGCUCAAAUGUAGGGGUGCCACUCGAUUUAGACGCCAAAAUAAAGAACGAAAUUUAUAAGAAAUGCCUUUGCAACAAGGGAGAGUUCUACCAGUUCAACCUGAUUUACCCCUUGUGCUACCUGCAAGCGCUGGAGGACGCCAAGGUGAAGCCUUGUCUCUACCUGGACAGCAAGAACCACUUUGAUGUAAACGAAGAUGUGUUGGAAAAAAUCCUUUUUAUGAAUGUCAACGGGGGUCGGUGCGUGAACAAGCUGUUGCAGAGGAGGGUGAUGGCGUUCAUAGGGAACAAGUUGCACAAGCAGAGCGAUAUGGCCAGCGAGUUCGUCGAUGAGGGGGGCGUAAUAGACGGUGUGACUGGCAAUGUGGUCUGGGAAGGGCCCCACGGAGAAGACGCCAUGGGCGCGGAAUCGGGGGAAAAAGACGAAGAAGAACAAUCAAAGCCGUCUCAACAACGAGCGGGUGGGGAAGAUACGGAGGGGACCCCCCAAAAUGAAGACCCCCAAUCGGAGGAAGUAAAAACACUGAACAAAUGGGUCGAAGAAAACAACUACUUUGACAUAGACCUAAUUGAGAACAAACUCCUAGAUGUAAACGCCAUAAGGAACAUGAUCAAUAAGCACAACGGUGUCACUUGUGGGUUAAGUGAAAAGAUGGAAAAAUUCCCAUACCUCUUCUCACUACCGAACAAAAGAAACCAACAGAUAAAGGCCAAAAUAGCAGAGCUCUUGUUUGAAAAGUAUAAGGUACCCGCCUUGUACUUUAACUCCAAGUCCGUAUUAACCGGAUUUGCCUACAAUAAGAAUGUCUGUUCUGUAGUGGACGUAGGAUCCUGCUAUACCGACUUCUCCCUCUGUAAUGAAGGAAGUAUAGAGGAUAAAAAUUAUAAGAUAUACAACAUAGGAGGGUCUACGGUAGACUACUUCCUGGAAGACCUGCUGGAAAAACACAACAAGGAGUAUUGCAUUCCCUAUUACGAGGGGUAUAAAUCAAAUGGGAACGUCCAAAAGUAUAAUGAGGAGAAGGUUCACCUGGAUUAUUAUAACAAAGCCAAGUAUCUUCCGCUGAAGGAUUUAAAAAGCUACUUAUGUGAAGUAGCCCAUAAGGAAAACGAAAUAAAUGAUGCAAAAAAUAUGAAUUUUAAUGAAAAUUUAAAUGUAUACAUUUUGCCUGAUGGGCAAAAUAUUAACAUUACCAAAUUUAAUAACAUAGCGUGUGAAAUAUUUUUCACUCCCUCAUUGUUAAGUAAUACCAAGUUGCAUAAUAAUACGAACAAUCUGUUUUUCAAGGAAGAACAAUUUGAAGGCGUUGCCACCACUCUGUUUAAUAUGCUUAAUGGGGAAAGUGUAAAGCAGAGGGAAGAAUUACUACAGAAUGUCAUUUUAACAGGAUCGUCAACUUUGUUCGAUAAUUUUAAUCAGAGAUUUGUUAAAGAGUUCAAUCAACUGGAUAUUAUGAACAACGCGAAUUUGAGAAAUUUUCAGGUGCUCAGUCAUGGGAAGUACGACAAGCAGUAUUCUUCUUGGAAGGGUGGCAGCAUCCUGUCUUCCUUUAAAAAUUUCAACUCCUUUUUUGUCACACGGAAGGAAUAUGAGGAGUUUGGGCUGGACAUCGUCAACCGGAAGUGCUAG